AUGUUCUCUACAGCUGAGAUUGCGCGGGACAUCCGCAACUGGAUCGAAACCAGGCCUGAUGUCAUGCCCGAGAGGCCACCAAGACGUCAGAGGAGGCAGAGGCCCCCAUACCAGCCCAUGCAAGUGCUCAGGCGGGAGCCUGGCCAGCGGAACAUGGCACCGCGACGCCAGUACGCGCUCCACGCCACGGAGGUAUGGGGGGAUAUGCCCCAGUGGCCAAGCCGCUGCCCACCAACACCUCCACCUCCAAUCUAUCCUCGCGAUUCAAUCGCCGAGGAGAUGGAGAUGAGGCGCAAAAGGUCGGGCCCUCCCAUCCCGACCACGUACUAUGUGGUUCAGGACGAGCCUGGCAAGCCCACAGGGCUGAUAGAAGUCCCCCGGCCGCGCUGGGCCUCACUACCUCAGCCCGCAAUACCAGCGGAGCCCGGUGUUCUGGCUGAGCUGAAGACGGACCCGUAUGGGAACAUCAAGAAGAACCGACGUCGGGCUCACUUUGGCGCGCCCAACAACCCGUAUCCUACUGCUCACUUGAUGGAACCUGAUGGUCAUGUUGCGCCACCGGCUGCUGCUGCUGCCACGCGAGCUUCUGCUACGCCGAGCACUGGUGCUAUGGAUACACCAUCUCGUGGCACGACCACUGCCAGAACGGCACGUGGUCGUCCACGCAGCAAUGCAAUCUCUCUCCCCAGAGAGCCUAUACCCCCUCAGCACGUGGAUGAAGAAUUGACCGCUGCUGAGUGGAGGAUGCGCGUCAGACUGGCGGCCAUCCGUGAGCGUGCCCGCGCACCGGUCACGCCGCCCGUUGUCAUGCCUGUGUCACAUGAAGAGGACAUUGACUGGGGGGCUUACCCGGAGACUGCUGCUCUCAAUGGUACCUCCUCACUCCAAGCGCAAGUGCAAGGAUCGUGGAGAGUAUUCGAUGAGUACAUGGCCGGCAUUCAACCAGCAGACAACACUGACUGGGGAGGCUCCCCCGAGGCUGAUGCUCUCAAUAAUGAAGAGGACAUUGACCUGUCGAGUGAAUACCCGGAGACUGCCGCUCUCAAUGAUACCCCCUCAUUCCAAGCGCCAGUGAUUGACUGGGGGGGCUACUCGGAGACUGAUGCUCUCGAUGGUACCCUGCUCCGAGCGCAAGUGGAAGCAUAUUGGAAAGCGUUCGAUGAGUACAUGGACAACACAUACCAACAAGCACACAACAGCAAUAGCUGA